CAGAACAUCUCUUUAGCAAUUCAACGUGGUAAUGCUGCUUCAGUAUUAAUGGGGACCGUCGAGAAUGUUGUUUCGUUUGACCGUUAUUAGAUCUUGAUAUUGUUAUCACGCUAUUGAAAUAAAGUACGGGAGAAAUGUGCCCAAAAAAACAGGCUUAAUAUGGUGCAAACUGCAAAGUAAAGACCAUAUCGGGACGGAAAAUCAGCUGUAAAUUGAAAUAUCGAAAUUUUUGCUUUUCAGUACCGCUUUUAGUUUUGUUCCUUUUCAUCGUAUUUCCCACAACUUGAACAUCAUAGCUUUAAAAUCUUUCUUAAUCGUGAUUUUGAAUUCUGAUUUGGUUUACUCGACUUCUGGUGUUUGGUUGGACUCGGACAGUCGGACUGUUGUUUCCUCUCUGCCUGCCAGGACAGUUAUCACCCACGCUUAUCACGCAACUAGGUAGUCGAAAUUGUUGGUAGUGGGACCAUCUCAAGAAAAAUGAGUUCGCGAAAGAAAUCUGACCAACGUAUUGCAGCACGAGCGAAGGCGCUCACGGAAAGCAAACUUUCAACUCUGCAGCAGUUCUUCCCUGACAUCGCAGCGGAUGUUAUUCAGCUGACGCUUGAAGACUGCAAAGGCGACAUGCAGAAAACGAUGAUCAUCCUGAAGGAAAUGGAUGAAGAGCUGCGCAGAACUCUGGUGAAAACCCCGGAAGUUUUGUCAUCUGAAUUGAGCGAAACAGGCACAGACGUGGAGAGAAAUCGUCUUUCUGAUCCGAACGAAACGAUCGUCCUAGGAGAUGGAUAUAAUUGUCUGCCUAACAUGCCACAGGCACAAGAGAUUACAUUAUUGGUUGAUACGACAGUACCCGACGAAAUCCGCUCCACAUCGAGCGAACGCAGUGCGCAGUCCGUGAAAUUCCAGGCACCGUUGUGGCAGUCGGAUAGCAGCUCGUGCGGCAAAUCGCAGAGCACGGAUAUUGAUUAUUUGGAGUCGACAUCAUCUUCGGCGCUGGAAGAUUCAUCUUCCAGUGGAAGUCGUAUGAUGGACAAGGAGAACCGGUAUUCGCCCUUCGCAUGGCCGGCCGAUGCGAAUCCGACCGGCGAGAAUGAUGGGUUUACGAGCGAAAUCAACCAGCUGAACGACACUGUUUUGGGCGACGAGGCUAGCGAUAACAAUCUUGCCGGAAACGGUGAAAGCGCAUUUUACUCAGCGCCCAUGAGUCUGCAGCUGGACAAGGAUUUGGCUUGUCGAUUGAUGAUGACUUUUGGACUUAUGCAGGUGUCUAUCGACACGAACGACAGCAAUAAUCUUACAAUCAACUUGGGCAUGGAAACUGCGUACAGACUGUAUCAGGCGUGGAAAAACACCCAAGAAGCUAACGCGAUGCAGGCGGAGAUCACAGACAAUUCGGAUUAACAUUUGGCAAAAGCUCUGCAGGAUUUGGAGCACGAGACGUAUGCAGACCAAGAUUUGAAAAGCAGGAGUAUGAAAGAAAUCAUGGAUGAGACGCUGGCGCUGCAGCUAAUGGAGAAGGAAUCGGAGUACCGGGGACUGGAUGUGGCUUCUGCGUUAAUGUACCAGUCGGAUGAUGGACUGCAGUCGAGAUAUGCCGGUGUUCUGCUCAAAUCUUACAAGUUAGUGAAUUCCAGUUUCUUAUUCGACUGCUUCUUUGACUGAGCUUGUCGGUUGUAUUUGAUACCUUAUCGUCCGACUCCGCCUUUCCACCGCUGAAUUCCAAACCAAAGAACGUCUUUGCCAGCAAUUUUCCACAGCGCAGUAAAGAUUUGGAAGUUUUGCAAAAAUCACUGGAUGAUCCACCGGAUGGAUCUCCCACACGAUUUCCCCGACCGAGCAGUGCCGGGAAGGUCAUUAACGUGAAGCCGAUCGGUAGUAACUCAGCGGAAAUUGUUACAAAUAAAGGUCCCAGAACUGAUCCAGUUGAUUACUAUGGAAAGCGACAAAAAGCGCUGGAACUGCAGCAAAAAGCUCUGGAGUACGGUGCUAGAGCCGGGAAUGCUUACAAAGAUCAGAAGCUGGGUGGUGGGGCUGCAGCGUACUAUCUGCAAAAGUUCUUUGCUUUUAUGCUUACGAGCAAAAAAGUCCUCCAGUGCCGUGCCCACUUCAUCCAUGCGUAAUCCGUGCAGAUCGAUCUCGCCAUCGCUAACAUUACUGUUCCGGUCCGCUAAAAUAUCCAUUGACGCUUGGAAAUGCGCUUUGUGUUCAUGCGCUUGUGAAAUAGCCGGCAUGGUGUGUCGGAAGUGCGACGGGCUGUGGAAAUCUGUUUGAAGAAGCAUGACUUGACGUAAGUACCUCGUAUUAUUCUAUCCUUCUAAGUUCUGAUUACUUACUGUUCGAUUAAGAUUAUAGUAUCGUUAUGGUGGGCAGGUGCAUUUAGAUGGUUUCAAAUUUUGAAAUCUGUUGUACUCAUUGUGCUCCAAGGGUGGAUGUUAAAAACCCUUCGGCGACGAAUUUCAGUACUUUUUAUGUAUUCAUUUCAUAAAAAUAUAUUAGUUCGUAAAUUAAUCUGGAAGAUAAUCGUGUCAUAUUGGUAAUCGCCUUUCUUUAAUUCGAGAUAUGUCGAAGGACCGCCAAUUGGUACGUUCUACGUGGAUAAAGUGCAAAAAUUACACGCAAGACCACCGUAGCAUAUUCCGUGGAGCAUUGAUAGUUUUUCAUAACUCAAAUAAAAAUUUUGGUUAAUGUUAAAUGUGCUACUUAUAGAUUACUAUCUAUCUAUUGAAUUCUAUUCCGCGAUCUAAGAGAGCUAGUAGAAGACUAUUUUGCUGUACUUCAGUAUAAAUCUGAAUGUCUCAUUAGUAUUCUACUUUGUGCACACGAGAUGCGUUGAGUAUUAGUUUCUUACCUCGACAACCGCGUUGUUUUGGUUUGAAGAGAGUUGUUUAUUUUUUUGCGAAUUGUUAAUGACCCUUGUACUUGUACAGAGUACCGUAACCAAAAGUUCGCUGUCAACCUGUACUUUUGUGUUCUUAUUAGAUUUGGUGUAUCUUGGCUGCUGUUUGACACCUCCAGAUUAAUAAAAAUAAAUAUGCACUA